GUGGCUGUGUGUGAGUGACUUGUGUGUUAUUUCUCUUCUCUUCUCAUCUGCCUACAGUGAAAAGUAGCACAACACAACAGAAUUCGCCAUUGUUACUUUCCAAUUCUUCGUUACCAACAACAAAUGGAACAACAACAACAAGAAAGAAGUGGUUCGAAUUUGAAGCCAAUGGACGCUGAGCAAUUGAGAGAGCAAGCUCACAAAAUGGUUGACUUCAUUGCUGAUUACUACAAAACCAUCGAAAAUCUCCCAGUUCUCAGCCAAGUUCAGCCAGGUUAUCUUGGAAAGCUUCUACCAGAUUCUGCUCCUACAUGCCCUGAAUCAUUGCAACAUGUUUUGAAUGAUGUACAGGAGAAGAUACUACCAGGGGUCACACAUUGGCAAAGCCCUAAUUAUUUUGCGUAUUUUCCUUCCAAUAGUAGUAUUGCUGGUUUUUUAGGAGAGAUGCUUAGUGCUGGUCUCAACAUUGUGGGGUUUAGCUGGAUAAGUUCUCCUGCUGCAACUGAACUCGAGACCAUUGUUCUCGACUGGCUCGCCAAGGCUCUCCUUCUGCCUCAUGAUUUCUUUUCAAGUGGGCAAGGGGGUGGAGUUAUACAAGGAACAGCAAGUGAAGCUGUGCUAGUUGUAUUGUUGGCUGCCCGUGACAAGAUCCUUCGGACAGUUGGAAGGAGUGCCCUUCCUAAGCUUGUAACAUAUGCAUCUGACCAAACACACUCCGCUUUACAAAAAGCCUGCCAGAUAGGAGGAAUUGAUCCAGAGCUUUGUAGGUUGCUUAAAACUGAUUCUUCCACAAACUUUGCGCUUUCCCCUGAUGUACUUUCUGAAGCAAUUUCAAAUGACAUUGCCAGUGGUCUUAUACCCUUUUUCUUAUGUGCUAACGUUGGUACUACUUCAUCAACAGCUGUUGAUCCUCUACCUGCAUUGGCGAAAGUCACUAGGCCCAACAACAUUUGGUUUCAUGUGGAUGCUGCUUAUGCUGGAAGUGCUUGUAUAUGUCCAGAAUACCGCCACUUCAUUGAUGGGGUUGAAGAAGCUGAUUCAUUUAACAUGAAUGCACAUAAAUGGUUCCUUACUAACUUUGAUUGUUCCCUACUUUGGGUUAAGGAGAGGAGUGCUCUGAUUCAGUCGCUGUCUACAAAUCCCGAAUUUCUGAAAAAUAAGGCCUCUGAAGGUAACAUGGUUAUAGAUUACAAAGACUGGCAAAUUCCUCUUGGGCGUCGCUUUAGAUCAUUAAAACUUUGGAUGGUGUUGCGACUCUAUGGAUUGGAAGGCCUGCAAACUCACAUAAGAAGCCAUAUUGCAAUGGCAGCUUAUUUUGAGGAGCUUGUUGUUCAAGACUCCAGAUUCAAGGUCGUUGCGCCUCGAACAUUCUCUUUAGUCUGUUUUCGGCUUUUGCCUCCCCCGAACUCUGAAGAUAAUGGCAAUAAACUGAACCAUGAUCUACUCGACUUAGUAAACUCAACAGGAAGUGUUUUCAUAACACACACGGCUCUAUCAGGUGAGUAUGUUCUACGUUUUGCAGUAGGAGCGCCGUUGACAGAAAUGAGGCAUGUCAAAGCUGCGUGGCAGAUUUUGCAAGAAAAAGCUACUGCUCUAUUAGAGAGUUUAUAGGAUGAAUCUGCUCUCGAGACAUCCACUAUUUCAUUUCGAGCCAUCCUUGGUGCUCAAAGGCAGACGUGCUCCUUUACUUAUUUGUGGAACGUGUACAAUAUGGUGGCAGUUGAUCAAUCAUAUAGGCAUUGUUAAUUGAUUAGAAGAUUGUCUAGGAACAUUAAAUUGAUUACGAACUCACGUUAAUCAAUUUUGAGCUCCCGGUCCAGAUAUUGAUUCAUCAUUGCCAAUGACAAUAAAGUGAAUAAACAUACUCCACCAAAUUUGUAAAUAUUGAUUAUUUGAUUUUAAAUAGUCAAUAGAGCCGUUUCUUUUGUGUUAAAAUAUGUUAUAUUGCUUCUUAGACUUGAGAAUUCAUAGAUAUUCUGUGCUUGGUCCUUGCAACUAUUUGAAAGUACUGGAGUAAUGCUAGUGAGACUGAGAUCUAUAGAAUAUGUUAAGAUCUAAAGAGUUAGAGUGAUGAAAUGAAAGUUUUAUUUAUUUAGUGGUUUUUACAAUGAUUGAGGACUGUGAUGAAAUCUUUGCUAAGCCACAUCAGUUGCCUCCAUCUAAGGCAGGUUUAGAUCACACAAUCCCUCUUAAGGAAGGUAUUGAGGCCUUCAAUUUAAGACGCUACAUGUAUUUUUUUAUUUUUAUUCAGCACAUAUUGUCCUUUUGCUUCCCUUACAAUGUUGGUUAGGAAAAAUGAUG